GGACAUUGCUAAAGGCGCGGUUGAGAUCUUUAUGAAGCUGCGUGCCCGAGACCCGGCUAGUAGAGGCGACAGGUACAUGCUAGUUACAUUUGAUGAUCCACCAUACGGCGUCAAGCAUCGGGUCGGGCGGCCUCCCGGUGACGAAAACGGCAAAUUUUUGUUAAAAUAUCCGCAGACCCGGAGCAGCGCAGCCUCUGAACAUGGCGGACAUUUUGCUUUUGUGUUGGGAAAGCUCUCGAGCGCUGAGAUGGAGGCGGAGAGAUUUAUUAUCCACCGUGACGUAGUGCGUGACGUGUUGUCGGGCCAGCUCGGCCUGGAUUGGACAAGCGGACUGCCCUCUUUCUCAUGCAUCCGCUCUGUGGUUAACCUCGGCGCAUUCUCAUUGGUCACUGUAGCCUUAGCAAAUCAACGUGAUUUGAUUUGUGAAACGGCCAUCAAUAAGCAAACGAGGAUUUCUUUCUCCCAGGGCCUUGUUUGCUUCUUGGGUUCAUUUUGCAUUGCACUUUAUAAGAGGAGGUUGUGGAAAAACAAACAGCAACUUCCUUCCCUCUCCACUUGAUCAGUACAUGCAUCUCCUUCCCUUUCAUUUAGAAAAUUCCCAAACACAAUAUACAAGUCAGGUUUCAAAACUAAUGAAUUAUGAACUGUCACAUCAGGUCACUGAAUAAGUUUGCUCAAACACGCCUAUACAAAAAAAUGAAACAGGAUUUAAUCCCAGUUAUGAACCUUCAUUUUGGUUAUUUCUUUUUUAAACUAACUGAAAUGUGGCCGCCUUAAGCAACACAUAUGAUGUGAUGUAUCGUUCUGCUGUUCAUUUAGGACAUGUUUAAGAUAUUUUUCAAAUAAAUGUUGUGACCAUAGAAAGCAGGAUUGCAGUGUGAAUCAAUGUGCUUCAAUACCAUAUAUCAGUCAGAAUAAGGUUUGUAAAUAAAAAUAGUACAUUUUGACACUGCAACUCUAACAAAUAAGCAGUAGUGUAUUUAUUACAUAUUUGUUACGUAUUUACUAACCUAUUUAGGUAGCAAUAACAGUGAAUCACACAUUCAGUAUGGUUAACAGUCUUCAGACCAUCCUUAAACACACAGUCAUUCAUCAUCCACUAAUUCACAUAUCUUUUAAUGCCUUCAAUGCCUGAUGUGAAUUAUGUUGGGUGGUUAACAUGGUGAUGGGUUUCAUCAUUUUAUAUAAAUUGAAAUUUUCCUCCAUAAUUUCUCUUUCCCUGGACUAGCACUCUAGAAUGGCUAUUACUGACGUGUUCGUGUGACACAGCGGUGCCCAGAUUGUAGUUUGACAUUGACAAUGAGAGUAGCGCCGCACUUUAGUGCUUCACUAGUCGGACAAUCUGGCAGGUAGAGCAGGUCUCCUGGAGAGCUUUUUACUCCAUGCUUCUCCUGCAGUUUUCCCACCCUCUUUCAGUUUAUCCAUGAUAAUCUGAGGCUGACUUCCAAGUGCCUAUAACUUCCUUCUCAUUGCUAUGCACUGAAUGGAUCAUGCAACCAUACAUAUACAGUAGGCCUACAUACAUUUAAAUACUUAAAUGAGAAUGAGCAAGUGCAAAUGUGUUACAUUGUUUCCUUACUAUGUCUUUGUUUGAGAUGCUAAAUAAAUGUUAUGAAAUGUUAUAACCGCUCUCUUACAUAAGCGGGAGCUAUUCAUGGCCAGCUUGUCCCUCCUGUCUGUUUAAAAAAAAGACUUCUCAUCCAAGCUGGGCCUCUUCAGAAUUAGCAACCAGACUAACCCAGUUCUCGACAAGAAUACGCUGGGCAAGUACCAGCCCAGCAAGAAUCUGGCCUCUGUGUGUGACAGGCUGCCUUUUUUAUUUCCUGUCAGUUAUUCAUGAGAUUUUCAGCAGCUAGUCAGUGAAGAGUUUCAGUCAGCCUCCAGUCUCCACAAAGCUCUCUUUUCCUGUUUGUGCGCUCUCUUGUUGUUUGAGUCUCGGUCAAGCUAAACACUGUUCGUGGCCUUGCCUUUUUCAUAAAUUAACACGAAUAAGUUUUUUUUUAGUCAAUCGCUGCUUGAAAUGUACUAUGUGGCAGUGUGUAUAAAGGUACAUCAUCUGCUUAUUGUUAAACAAACUCAGAUGAGUCAACUUUUUGUAAACUGUGUAUUUGAUUGAUUUGUUUGGUUUCUGUGCUUGAUUGAUGGAAAAAAGCAAAUGCGGGUGUAAAAUCGCGUACGUGGGCUCAUCUCACUGCUGGGCGUAUGGGGGUCACAGCUCAUUACUAUGAUUUUGUCUUGGGCCCUAUGAAUUCUAAUGAAUUUAAGGGGAACUGACUUCAUAUAGCCACUAAAAUGAGCAUAUAGGUUUAAAAAUGGCUAAGAAAAGUGAAGUAAGACUAAUGCAAUGCGAUUUAUACAUUUAGGUGUGGCUUUAGUAUUCAAAUACUUUCAAGAGCUAAAACAUGUGAACCCAUAUCACCUACAUGCAGACCACACAGACCAGUUUGUGCCUUAUCAUACCGGUAUGUUUAUCCUGUAGACCGCCUCCAUGCCUUAUUUUGCCGUGAAUCUUGUUAAAGGGAUAAUUCACUCAAAAAUGAAAAUUCUGUCAUCAUUUACUCACCUUCGAGUUGUUCCAAAUCUGUAUAAAUUUCUUUGUUCUGAUGAAGACAGAGAAAGAUAUUUGGAAGAAUGCUUAUAACCAGACAGAUUUUGCCCCGCAUUGACUACCAUUUUUUGUACUGUAAUCCUUAUUACUGUAAAACAUUUAUACAAACAUAGAGUGGAAAUGUGCUUAAUUGUCAACAAAAUAUUACAUAUCCAAAAUAUUAACGAUCAUUUAUAUCGGCUUGAUUUUUUUACAUUUUAUAUUUUCUCUUUCAACUUGAAGGCAAAAUGGGAGAUUUUUAUGAGAUUCCCCAUGUGUGGAUUAGAAUGUUUUCUUUCCUCAAUUGGAUCACCUUUGGCUUUUCAUUCUUUAACGAAGGGUUUGAUUUUACAUUUCCUCUCUUAAAGCUACAAUUUAGGUAUUAUCCUUUCUCUUGGCUCUUUAGUCCGUGUUCACAUUCCUUAUUCUCUCCCAUCUUCUUCUGCCUCGAUGGGCAAGCGUGUGAUUAAAGGAGGGUCUGAUUGCAGUCACACUUCUUCACAGUCAAUAAAUUGUUAAUGCGCAGAGAACGAAAGACGGAUGGGAAAAAUAUAUAAUUACUCCGUUGCUUGAAUUAUUGAGUGCCAGUUAGAAGAUCUCCCGCUUGACGGCUUUCUUUUUUUGCUCCAUACAUGGACAUAAACCUACACCCUCAAGCCCCCUACCGACAAAUCUCUGCCUGCUUUGUACUACAGUGCCCUCAACACAAGCACACACACAAUCUAAAUGAGAACAUUCCAUAGACUUUGAUUGUUUUUAUACACAGCUAGCCAUAAAUACUAUAACCUAACCCUAACCCACACGUUAUUAAUAUAUAAUAUAAUAUUUUUAUUUCACUUCUGGCUGCAAAUUUGUUCUCAAAAAUAGUUGGCUACACUCAGCACCUGUUAAGUCCUCUGUUAUGUUUGGAUUUACAAAAUGUAUGCACAAUUAUUUAAUGUGCUAAUUAUUCACACUGAGUAAUGUAAUGUGAAGCAGGAAUCAUUUGUAAAAGCAGAUUUAGUGAACUGUUAACCUCUGUUCUUGGCAUCUGAACUCAUUAUAUUGUUUUUCUCUCUUAGCAGUACAGUAAUGACUGUAUUCUUUUGCAGCGUGAAGCAAUGUGGGUCAGGGGCAGAGACAAAGUAACCACAAAAUGUUUUUUAAAGACAGCACAAGUUAAACCUUAUGCAGCGGAUCUGUACGAGCCUGCCUACCUACACAUAUGCACAUGUGCAAUAAGCAGACACAAACAAACAGUACUCAUUCACACACACACACACACACACACACACACACACACACACACACACACACACACACACACACACACACACACACACACACACACACACACCAACACACACACACACACACACACACACACACACACACACACACACACACACACACACACACACACACACACACACACACACACACACACACACCCAUUGUCUGACUGUACUUUCGUUUUAGGUUGCUUGUUCUUUCUCCAACGUUUUCCUUCUCUUGUUAUUAUGUUUGAUCAUCUGUAGGUUAUAUUUACUGCACUUUACCUUGCAAGAUGAAAGAGUGUGAAAUGCAUGAAAAAAUGAAAAAACACUGGGACUUUUUGUGUGGGUAAUAUUUGAUGACAUUUUAAAUGAUACAUGCAGUAUUUGGACAAAAUAUUUGGACCAAACUAAAAAGUAUAUUUAUUUUAUUUUAUUACAAAACUGGUUUGAGAGUCAGUUCACAGACGUCCCAGCAGUAACCACAGGUGCAAUUCAGCAACUACAGAAAUGUUUCACUAAGUUUGAAAGCCAAAAAUGUAUUUUUCUUUACUUUAUUAUUUUUUUGUAGUUUUUAUAUGAAAUGCAAACUUAAAUGUGUUUUUGUUCUAUGGGUCAUUAAAAUCAUUGAUGUUUUGUUUGUUUUGUUAUACAUUCUUAAAGGGAUCAAAUGGAAAUUCUGUCACUAUUUGCACGCCCUCUUGUCAUUUCAUAUGACUUUCUUUCUUCUGCAGAACACAAAAAAGAUUUUUUAAAGAAUGUUAAUAACAGAAAAACAUGGUUCCCUACCGACUUGCAUUGGUUUCGUGUCCAUACAAUAGAAGUCAAUGGGGCCAAUGGUUUUUGGUUACCAGCAUUCUUCGAAACUUCUUCUUCUUUUGUGUUUUGCAGAAGAAAGAAAAUUACACAGGGCGGGUUGGAAAGAGAAUCAUGCCACAUUCAUGAGUGAACUGAAGAACCUGCAGGCAUCUGGAUUGACUACACUGGGUCACGCUCUCCGUACAUCCUUCGACCUGCUUAAUCUCAACAGAUUAGUCUCUGGCAUUGACAACUAUGGUCAGGGUCGGAACCCUUUCUUUCUGGAGCCAUCCGUCAUUAUUACAAUAACAGAUGGAAACAAACUGACACACAGUUCUGGGGUCGCUGAGGAGCUACACCUGCCGUUGAAUUCUCCCUUGCCGGGCAGUGAGUUGACCAAAGAGCCGUUCCGCUGGGACCAGCGACUCUUCGCCCUGGUGCUGCGGCUACCGGGGUUAGCUGUGCCCGACGGCGAGCAGCUGGGCAGUGUGCCCACCGAUGAGUCUGCUAUCACUCAGAUGUGUGAGGUCACUGGAGGCCGAUCGUACUGUGUGCGGACACAAAGGAUGUUGAACCAGUGCCUUGAGUCUCUUGUCCAAAAGGUUUUAAGUGGAGUUGUAAUACACUUUGAGAAAAGCGGUCCAGAUCCACCUGCAAUAGGUGAAGAUGGAUUAGUGGAUCCAGUCCGUCCUUUGACCUCCUUCGGUCCACAACCCUGGCACAGCUGUCACAAGCUCAUCUAUAUCCGACCAAACCCCAAGACGGGGGUACCUGUGGGUCACUGGCCAAUCCCUGAAUCCUUCUGGCCUGACCAGAACUCCCCCACUCUGCCACCUCGCUCUGCCCAUCCUGUGGUGAGGUUUUUCUGUGUCGACUGUGAGCCGAUGGUUAUCGACAAACUGCCGUUUGACAAAUACGAGCUGGAGCCUUCGCCGCUCACACAAUACAUCUUGGAGAGGAAAUCUCCUCACAUGUGCUGGCAGGUGUUUGUGAACUGCAGUGGAAAACACAGUGAUGUAGCCCACCCGUUCGGUUACCUGAAAGCCAGCACUUCUCUUACCUGCGUCAACCUCUUCGUCAUGCCUUACAACUAUCCCGUUCUGUUGCCGCUUCUCGAUGAUUUGUUUAAGGUGCACAAGCUGAAACCAAACCUCAAGUGGCGGCAGGCAUUCGAAAUGUACCUGAAGUCCACGCCUCCGUACUUUCUCCUGCCGCUCAAGAAGGCGCUGAGGAUGAUGGGAACCCCCAAUCUCAUCUCUGACAACAUGGAUUGUGGUCUGAGCUACAGUGUCAUUUCCUAUCUUAAAAAGCUCAGUCAACAGGCAAAGAUGGAAUCAGACCGUCUAAUCGUGUCUGUCGGGAAGAAGCCUCCACCAGAAUCAGGCAUCAAGGUGAAGAACCACUCGAGCGCCCUGUCUCUUGCACACCGCCGUGAUUUCAAGCAGCUCCUGCAGGGCAUCACGGGCGAGGUGCCCCUGCGACUCAUCGACAUGAAUUUCAAAGAGUUUGCUGGUUUCCAGAUUGGACUGCUCAACAAGGAUUUAAAGCCCCAGGCCUAUAGGAAUGCCUAUGAUAUUCCACGACGGAAUCUGCUAGAUCAAGUGACCCGCAUGCGUUCCAACCUUUUGAGGACAACACAGAAGCUCCUCAGAGGCCAAGAUGAUGACUCUUUACACAGUAUUCCAGUGGGGCAGAUGGGAAAUUAUCAGGAGUAUCUGAAGAUGAUGCCAUCCCCUCUGCGUGAGAUCGAUAUGGAUCAGCCCAAACGACUGCACACAUUUGGCAACCCAUUCAAACAGGACAAGAAGGGAAUGAUGAUAGAUGAAGCAGAUGAGUUUAUAACAGGUCCCCAGAAUAAGAAGCGUGGGAACACAUGUGAUCCCAACUCAGGCACCGCCCUGAAGAGACGGAGAAGUAUGUCUCCAUUUCUGCGGCGGCCCCAAACACCUCCCAUAAUAACAAAUCAUGUACUGGGCAAGGGCACUGCAGGGACCCAGGGUCAGCAAGGAAUCAUCAAACCCAUUCCACUCCACAAAGGAACAGAGGGUAACAAUGUAGCGGGCACAGAAAGUAAUGGAGAGCAAACGCCGGGCGGCGAGGACGGAGAUGGCUGGCCUGGAGGAGUGGAUGGUGUGAGAGGAGAAUCUGUACCCCCAGAGGAGAGGGGAGAGGUGGGCACACCAGAUGAUGGGGAGGAGAGAAUGGGAUUGGAGAACUGUGUGGAUGAGAGACCCUCCGAUCACACACAGAACUGUGAGGACCUGAGUCCUCCAAGCCAAGAGGAGGCGAUGGAGGGAAACGGAGACGACGCUCCGGAACAGGGCACUAUAGUUAUGAUUCCUCUAGAGGGGAGUAAUGCAGAGCUGCGCACUCGAGUCAUCAAAGAGGUCCGCAAGCCUGGCCGGAAUUAUGAAGCGGUAUUUAGAUUACUUGAGGAGGUGAAGGGACCAGUAUCAGUACAGAGGUACUUCAUUCAUCAUGCCAUCAAAGAGGCAGCCAGGUUUAAGAAACGUGUGCUGAUCCAACAGCUGGAGACUGCUCUGGAGGAGAUAGAGAACACACAGGUGUUACCCGCACAGCUCAACAACGUCCACAGCUGAUAGUGAGACGCGCACAUGAGAAACUCGCAAGAACACGAGGAGCGGCGGGCAACGCCAGCUGAGUGAGACCCGGCCAUCCGAGGGAUGGCGGAGAUGUGGUCCACGCUGGUCCUGAACCUCUCAGUUAACUCUAAAAGAGUACUCACAAUGUAGAGCGUUCUAGUAGUUCUGGUUUGACAGUAAUUCACUGUCAAUCUCCAGGAGAUGGCCUGAACCCGACCGUCAUUUAAGAAUAAAAGAUGGUUCUUGAAUAAGCACACUCCAGAAAAGCCAAGUCUCACGCACUGUGUAAAAUUACAGGGUCAUCCAAUGCAGACGUCAGUAUCUGUAAUGCGAAAUGAUUACUGUGUGUGUAAAUUACAUAUGUCUGCUGUUUUUGACAUUGACGGAUUGAUUGUUGAAUAGUGUGGAAAACCUAUGUUGGAUUUGUGUUUGCAUAAAAUGCCCACAACCCAUGAGGUUAACAACAAAGUUGGACCCUCAAAGCAGUCUGGAGAUCUACACUGUUGUACAGUAGAUCUCUUAAGAGCAAUAACAAUCAUCAAUAUGCCAAGCUCAGUUUUACUCCCAAACACAUGCAGUUAAGACUGUUUUACAGAUGUUUCAUCCAGUCAGAUCCUCAAAGAAGGUGCGAGUUUGUGGAUUCAGUGUGAAAUCUUAAGAGGCCUGUUCUUGUAUUUUUGGUGAUAUGUAACGUCACAUACUAGAUUAGUGUCAUUCAGCAAAAAAAUUCAACAUGCAGCGUCCUAUAAGCAAUAUAGUGUCUAAUGAAAACUGUCACACUCAUCUUGUUCAAAAGAAAAGGUUCCAACACAAAUGGUGCAGCCUUGAGCAAUUGGUCCACAACAGAGCUUUGAUUCUGUCCAAUAUGAGGUCGUGUUUCAGUAAGCAAUGCUCUUCACACAUUCAUCUGAGUUAGAUGACUCAGUAGUUUUAUUUCACAGACGUACGUUAGUGACCCAGUUGUUGUUUUUGUUCAUUUUUUUAAAAACAGAUGUAUACUUUUAAUGUUGAUAAAUAAUAUAGAUUAUUUUUGGAUGGUAUUCCUACAAGAACAUAAAAAUAUUUUAAGAAUUGUAUAAAACAUUUUGUAAACUGAUAAUGUAUAGAAAAAGUUGUAUGAUUUUUUUAAAUGAAAACAAUAAAAAUUAAAGAAACAUUUCAAAGGAAAAUGUGUACGUUGUUUUUCUCCAGUACAUUUUGAAAUUGUGCUUUGGUUAGUGUAAACGAUCUGAUUAGCAUGUUAUUUAUACAUUUAAAAAGUAUAGGGGCGGUUUCCUGGACAGGGAUUAUCUUAAAUCAGGGCUAGGCCUUAGUUAAAUUAGGACAUUUUAAGUUAAUUUUACAAAUGUGCCUUACAAAAAACACGACUUGUGAGCAUUUUGAGACAAAACAAUGCCACUGAUCUACUUUAAGAUGUCACUGCUAACUGUUUUCAGUUUAGACAGCUCUAACAUUUAUUUUAGUCCGGGAAACUGCCCCUUAAUGUACACAAGGUCUGCAAUUUAUGACAAUUUCCAUUAUCAUAGCAGUCAAAGGCAGUCACCAUGAGUACUUUUGCUAUAGGACAUUUUAACUUAAUGAUGAUUCUCAAUAUUUCAUAAUUUAUCUUUUUAUUACCAUCAUAAGUUUUUUAAUCUUAUAUACUUUGUACAUAUGUGUACAUAAACUCUCAUGUAACUACCAGCAUCUACCCAAGUAUCUAAUCUUCAAUAUUAUUCACUCAUGUUAUUCUCAGUAGUUAGUUCUUUUGUCUCUGGUACAGGUUUGGACUAACUUUAGCAGCUUCUGAACAUGUUUAUUUCCUCUCAAAGACAACAGAUGGUAACAGUUUAGUGAGUAUCAUGUAAUAGCGAGUACUAAUCUUUGUGCCUUUUUAUAAUUAGCCUUUCAAUGAUCCCCUCAAAGUUGGCAGUGACUUCCUAAUGCUGUCAAAUUACACCCUAAAAAUGCAUUGAAAUAAAUAAAGACCAACACAUAUAAUGCAAACAGGAAAAUGGCUUUUCAAUGAAAAGAAACAGAAAUCCACACAGCUGCCCAUAUGCUUUAUCUGAACAAGGCUUUGAGCAAACACCUUAAGCAUUGCUGUUUUUACGUACAUCAAUAAAAAAAAAACAUUUGUAACGCAGGUGGAAGUUAUGUUGACCAUACAUCAUCUCUCAAAACAAAUAUGCUCCCCAUCAGUUUUUAAAUCAAUCGUGCACAACAAGCUUUAAAUACAGGAGAGACAAAACAGUGUUUGAAUGAGGAUCAUUUCUGGUCUGCUUUAGCAAAAAAAAAGAGCUUAGUGAAGGAUUAGUUUUAUUAUUGCCUUAAACCAGACCACUUCCUCUGUCCAUUCUCUGCUUAGAGAACAAUGGGACACCAAGUCGAUGUAGUACACCAACAUAAACCCUUGAACAUUUCACAUAAGAACACAAAUAAUCCCCUAACAUCAUCAAUGACUAAAGUGUAAAAUUCACACACGCCUAAUCAAAUGAUAUUCCCAGGAAUAAAGAUCUUUGUUUAAAACGCCGAUUUCAGACAAAACAAUAAAUGGAUCUCAAGUUACAAAUUCAUCAAUAAAAUGUCAGAAUUUAUUAAGGUAAAAAUAAGGAGUUGUGUCUUAACAAACAUAAACAAAUAGCGUCUCCCCCUAAAAAAUGUACUAUUCAUCCCCUCUGAAUGUUCACAGUAUUGUUAGAAUUGCUAUUAAUCUACGUCAUCUAUCAUGCCCUUGUUCAGACUUGUUUGAAUAAUUUUCAAGAUUAUUUGCCUAACAAGCUCAAAUUUGAAGUUCAGUAGUCAUAGGUAUUAGUUCUGAACACAGUUACAAAUUUAUGGUCCAUAAUUUUAACCUCUUUCCGAAGGGUACAGGGAAGAACCCGUUGCCAGUAUGGUCAGCUGUUGAGCCAAAAUGUUGCAAGACAACAUUGUACAUGAUAGGAUGCCCUCGGUGCAAAAGAAGGACAAAGCCCUCUUUCUGUGAGCCAACUGGAGGGCUACAGGUGUAACCUA